AUGAUCAUCCCUGAGAAGAACAGAAGAGAGAUCUCCAAAUACCUCUUUCAGGAGGGCGUGUGCUAUGCGAAGAAGGAUUACAACCUGCCAAAGCACCCUGAGAUUGACGUUCCUAACCUUCAGGUGAUCAAGCUCAUGCAGAGCUUCAAAUCCAAGGAGUAUGUGCGUGAGACCUUUGCUUGGAUGCACUAUUAUUGGUACCUUACGAACGAUGGCAUCGAGUUCCUCCGCACGUACCUCAACCUGCCAUCCGAGAUUGUCCCUGCCACUCUGAAGAAGUCCGCCAAGCCCCUUGGCCGUCCUAUGGGAGGGCCCCCUGGUGACCGACCCCGCGGACCUUCUAGAUUUGAGGGUGACAGACCCCGCUUUGGUGAUCGGGAUGGAUACCGUGGAGGGCCAAGAGGACCUCCAGGUGAAUUUGGUGGUGAGAAAGGUGAAUCAGGUGCACCUGCUGAUUACCAACCUGCCUUCAGGGGCUCAGGGCGAGGUGGUUUUGGCCGUGGUUCCGGCAGCUUUGGUGGAGCACCUCCUAGUUAA